CCCCCCUCCCUUUCUUUCCUUUCUUUUCACGAUCUUCGUCGUCGUUGUCGUUGCCGUCUUGGUCUUGUUGUUGCUCUGUCGGUUCAGAGAGUCCAUUCCUUUGGCUUUGAGCCCCUCCCUCUCAUUCACUCAUUAUUUGGUUUCAGCUUCGCUCUUUUUUGGGUUGAUUCCGUCCGGUCUUUUUUUCUUCUGAAGUUCUCCGAAGCCUUCCGAAGUCUCGAGACCUUUACUCUCUCCCCCUUACGUACGUUCAUCGAUGUCUUGAACCAAUCUAGGAGGCAAAAUGGUCAUAUCCAUCCGCCUGCUAUCUGGGUUUCUAUAUUCUAUACCGUAUUGAGUCAAAUAUCUAACUCAUGUCUCAAUGUAGCCGAGCCAUUCAUUGAUUAUUCAACUGAACCGACGAAAUCCCUUGACACCCGACAUUAAACAAACGGCAAUACUCCUAUCGUUAGAUCAGCAGUUAUCGUCAAUAUGUCUACUUUCAGCAACCUUAUUGCCCGUGGCAAUGCUGUCCUUUCCAGGCGGGACCUUGAGAUGGGAGGCGAGCCGGACGGGGUCAUCGACCUUAUGAUUGCCUUUCUUGGCGUCGCUUUCUUCGCUCUUGUUCUGGUAGCCUUACUACUCAUGAUGCGCCGUGCGAAGCGUGAGCGACAGCUCCAGAAGGAUACCCUACCGCAGUAUAACGACAUCAAACAUGACGAUGGUACCACUCGUCAUCUCACCAUCCAGACCGCUGACGGCCGAUCAAGUAUUCUGGUUCUGAAUGGUCGUCCAAUGCUAAAUGACCCGAACUCGCCACCCUACUCACCCAACAACAUUCCCGAGAUUCACAUCACCUUCCCCGACGAGCAGGAUGAGCAAGGUCGCAACAAAGGCGGCCGUGUCGUGGUUGUCCGAGUCGGCGAGACCACUGUUGGUCUUGAGCCUGUAAAGGAGGAGCAACUGCCAGCAUAUUCCAAGGAGAACAGCGCCGGUUUCUACUCGAUUGAUAUGGACCAAAUCGGUGGACUGAAGGAGAAGGAUCGAAGCCAGUUCUCCUGAGCUACGAUUAGCCUGGCCUUCAUGCCAAAAUUUCUCAAAGAUCAGAAACGCUACUUAAUCGCCACUAAUCGACACUAAUCGACUUAAUUUAACAUGAUGGGGGAGUUUGAACGAUAUAUAUACAUAUGCAUGAAUAAUGGUGUACCUAUUACAAAGCAAAUGUCUAUAUUACCCUUCUAUAAGUACCUUUAGGAGGAGGCGGGGAUGCGGAAGGGCGGACCGCGGUGGAAGACGAGUCUGGAUGGAUGGCCAUAUGUUUACCAUCCAGUACUCUAGGUACAUUCGGUCCUGUAUAUAACGAUACCCCUUUGCUAUUUUGUCUUCACUUUUCCGGGGCCACCACGGACAAUUGAGCUUCCAGUGCGAGUAAUAUAGACGAGACCAUCAGUCACGAGACAUAUUCUCAGUUGUAUAGCUAAAUUAAUUCCGUCAUCCAACUCACCAAUACUUACUUCUACUAAAAAAAUACCUA